AUGUCUCGCAACAACAGCAUCACCUCGGUCAAGUCCGCCUCUGGCGCCAAGGCCUGGAUCGUCAACCACAUGAAGGAGCACCACCGCUCCGUCAACGCUGCCUUCAACGCCUACUACGGCUCCGUCACGCCCGACAGCAGCCGCGACUCCACCCCGGCCCAGUCCCGCAAGAGCUCCGCCGUCGGCACCACCCCCGUGGCCGAGGCCGCCGCUCCGGCUCCCUUUGUCCACGCUGCCGGCAACGAGCGCCCCAGCUACUUCGACCGCGCCAUCAAGGCCGCCAAGAAGCACCACAAGUCCACCAACGCCGCCUACCAGUCCUACUACGGCAUGGGUGUGCACGUCUAA